AUGGCCCGCUACUACAUUAUGGCUUCCAUGUCGAAUGUGUUGCAGCAGAAACAUCAGAACAUGGACAUUGCAGCUCAAAUUAUGGAAAGUCUUCAGGAAAUGUUUGGCUACCAAGGGACGCCCGUGAGAGAUCACAUGCUUGCAUUGAUCGCUCGGUUUAACGUGGCUGAGGUUUUAGGGGCUGAAAUCCAAUCGGAGAUGCAGGUUGACAUGGCUUUAGAGACUCUCCCUGAGAUGUUCUCACAGUUCAAGGUUAGUUAUAACAUGAACAAGCUUAAUAUAUCCCUGACCGAGCUGAUGAAGGAGCUCCAAAAUGCAGAGGCUAUUUUAAAGACUAAAAGUGGUGAAACCCAUGCUGUUUCUUCUUAUCGACCAUCCUCUUCCAAGCCGAAAGGCAAAUGA